GGCGCGGGACGACCAUGAUGACAAGCGUGUACUCGGUCUCGGUGUAUAUAUUCAUUCACACCUAAACGCUUCAUCGCUCUCCCACUUUACGACGAGGGCUGCACCAACUAUACUCAUCGUCUAACGGGUUUAUCAGGCGCUUCGAAAACCGAGAGGUUGCUAUGGUAUACAAAGUUGCCGGCUAUAUUGUAUCUUACGACCAAGUACGCAGCUGGGCUCAUAGAAAUGGGCGUGAGCCCCCAGCAUAUGGUGUGUCUGCAUGGCUAGACAAAUGGUUCAAGGAACGACGAGUCGACAACGCUUUCCGCGCACUGGGAGUGAACUGGCCGCAAGGCACCCCCGAGAACCCAGAGGCAGCUAAUCCUGUCAUCAUGCUGGUUCGCAAAUCAGAAGUUGACCCCAAUUCAACGAGGAGGAAAUGGGCACCUGUGAAGGAAGCAGAGGGAGAUCGCGUUGUGAAGAAUUGGCUGGAAGAUGAAGGUUUACAUGUUUAUUGGGCAACUGUUCCGGACCCAUAUCAAGAGACGGAAUACUGACGUCGUACGCUCUUUUUCUCCAAUACUGGUUUUUUAUCGUGAGUUAUUUAGCUGUUUAUUUUCGGGAGUGGAUAUAUUUCAAGGGCUGUUGUUAUUUCCACAUUUUGCUUCACCAUCUAUUCACUGUAAUGAUAAAUGAAUAUGGAUUUUUGACAAGCA